AUGACCAGAGAGAAUUUGGGUGCACUAGCAACUCUUCCUCGUGAAAUCAUUUUGGAAAUAUUCAAUUAUAUUGAUUUCUUUUCUACAUAUGCCAUGAUUAAAUCAAUGCCUCGGCUGAGCAAAAUUCAUGAACAUUUCGAAAUAUCUCGUGAAUGGAUGAUGGCAAAAUUCGUUGAAAUGAUAAUUCAAAAUGAUGUUGGUAUGGUCAUUACGCGUUCUACAUUGCCAGUCUCUGUCUAUGAGUCAAGCAGAGACUAUUUGAAAUACCAUUAUCAAUUGUUAAAAAAGAGAAUAACAAUGUAUGAAACGAAAGAUCCAAAUGAGGAGGAUCAUGAGCGUUUUGAAUGGAAUCCUUAUCAUAGGCGUUUUGUCAUCAUGUUCCAAUAUUUUCACAAGCUCAACAAUUUUACACCAUCUUCUGGAAAGAGUAAGAAUAAUGAUGACCUCAUAUUUGAGUAUCUUCGAAUGUAUCGUGUCAUGUUACAAAUGUAUACAUUACUUACAGGUUAUGAAUGUAUCGUACGAGUCAAUUUUUUUGACAAAUUGAUGGACGAGGCUAAAACCCUAUUUCUUAAAUAUGAUCACAAGCUCAACAAUACCAAAAACUUGGACAAGCGACACAUUCGAAAGAACUUCUUCUUCCUAAAAAUUAUGAUCCUCGCUGAGGCCAUGAAUGAAACUGCAAAAUGUCUGGAAAGUACUCUCACAAUUUUUCACUCUCAUAAUUUUUGGAUGCCAAUUGAUUUGUAUCAAGUGAAACACGAGUCAUUCCCAUUUCUAUUAUUUUGCAAAUACUGGAAAUACAUUACAAACCCAGAAGAAUAUAGACCACUCUUGAAAAGGCUUGAAUCUUUGUACAGAUAUCCAUAUUUAUCACAGUUUUGCAAUUACAUUACAAAAGUUCAACCAUUUCCAAAUGAUUUCAUAUCAUCCACCGAAGAAUACAAUCGGUUUUUCGAUACCAUCAAGUUACUGAACGAGUUUUCAGACAAGACAACUGAUCAAUUUCAGAAAAUACCCGUGUACACUGAAGCAAUUGAGGAGCAGUUUGGAAAAUUAAUGUUCUUUAAGAAUAAUUCUCAUUUGAACAAGGAAAUAAUUCAGUUCAUUUAUGACAAUACGUUCUAUUAUUCGGAUAGGCCUUGGUUCUGGAGGUGA